AUGGCUCUGGGGGUCGUCUGGGCUGGGAACAUCGUCCUGCUGGGAGCUGUGGUAGCAAUGGGCGUGUGGGGAAAUUUUAAGGGCCUGGGGAAUGACGGUGCCAAUGAGAGAACCAGCUACGGCUAUAACUGCAGCACUGAGCUGAAGGAUUUUCCGUUCUGCUUCAAACAGUUUCUAUGUGAACCUUCAUCCAGCAACUCAAGAGAGGGAUCAGGGUGUAAGCUCUGCCCCCCAAACUGGCUGCUGCACACGGACAAGUGCUACUGGGUGUCUAAAGAAAAAGCUCCCUGGGACAAGAGCCGCGAUGACUGUUCGAAGAGGAGGGCUCGACUGUUAAUGAUUCGGGAUCAGGAUGAGAUGGCCUUCAUACAAACUACUUCCAAAGAUGCAAACCGGAUCUGGCUUGGACUCACCAUUACAUUCCCUGCAAGGAAAAGGAUUUGGGUGGACGGCUCCCUGUUAAAUCAAACACUGUUCAAGGUAGUGGAUCCUGCAGAAGGGAACAGCUGCGGGGUGAUAAAAGCGGAUCAGAUUCAUUUUGAAACCUGCAGUGCUGUAUCGAAAUGGAUUUGUGAAAAAGACGCUCUCCUGAUAUAG